GGACCCCUCGGCACACGAAACCCUAGCCAUGGAUCUCACCGAGAAUGCUCGGCGAUCGCUUCUCCCUAGCUUUCUCUACACCUCCUCAUCUUCCAGAUCGCUCGCCAUUGCGAAGCUCAUGAUCCCUUGCUGUAAGCCGGUGCCGCUGGCGGAGGCUGAUCCGGAGGUUCCGUCUGGAGGUGGAUCGGUGUUGAUCCAGGCUCCCAACGAGCCGCGCAAGAUCGAGAUGUACUCUCCGAUGUUCUAUGCGGCUUGCACCGCCGGUGGGAUAGCGAGCUGCGGCCUCACGCAUAUGGCUGUCACCCCGCUCGAUCUCGUGAAAUGCAACAUGCAGAUUGAUCCGGCGAAGUACAAGAGUAUCUCAUCUGGAUUUGGGAUCUUGCUAAGAGAGCAAGGCUUGAGAGGUUUCUUUAGAGGCUGGGUGCCUACCCUGCUGGGGUAUAGUGCUCAGGGUGCUUGCAAAUUUGGGUUCUACGAGUUCUUUAAGAAGUAUUAUUCUGAUAUAGCUGGCCCUGAAUAUGCUGCCAAAUACAAGACCCUUAUCUACCUCGCGGGGUCUGCUUCUGCUGAAGUGAUUGCUGAUGUGGCUCUUUGUCCCAUGGAGGCUGUGAAGGUCCGUGUUCAGACACAGCCAGGAUUUGCUAGGGGCUUGUCUGAUGGCCUCCCAAAGUUUGUAAAGUCAGAAGGUGCCUUGGGGUUGUACAAAGGGCUGGUUCCACUUUGGGGUCGUCAGAUUCCUUAUACAAUGAUGAAGUUUGCAUCUUUUGAGACUAUCGUUGAGAAGAUAUACAAGCAUGCCAUUCCAACACCAAAGGAUCAAUGCAGUAAACCUCUUCAGCUGGGAGUGAGCUUUGCUGGAGGUUAUAUUGCUGGGGUUUUCUGUGCUAUUGUUUCUCAUCCAGCAGACAACCUUGUUUCUUUCCUCAACAAUGCCAAGGGAGCAACUGUAGGCGAUGCUGUGAAGAAGCUUGGACUGUGGGGCCUGUUCACCCGUGGCCUUCCUCUUCGUAUUGUUAUGAUUGGGACUCUGACUGGCGCGCAAUGGGGAAUUUAUGAUGCCUUCAAAGUUUUUGUUGGCCUGCCUACAACUGGUGGUGUUAGUCCUCCCCCGGAGCCUUUGACUCAAAAGAACUAGGCUUGCUGAGCUUUUCUAAGAUCUUCUACAGAUUCUAAGCAACAAUGAUUUCUGACAUAGAUGCACUACAUUCUGCAAGGAGUGUGAUAUUUUUUUGGUGGAAAUAUUUCUUCCGUUUCAUUUAUGAAUUUUUUGGAAAGGGUGGUUUUGGCCUCAUCCCUCUGAAGAAAAUAUAUGUAUAUCUCUUCAUUUAUGAAAUUUUGGAAGGAAUGGUUUUGGUCUCAUCUCUUCAGAAGUUUAGUUUUAAUUCAGGCAUAGAAAAUGUGUUGUCCACUAGAAAAAGUUUCUAGUGGGAACAAAAUGGUUGCCAGAAUUUAUUAGCGUUUUGUAUCAUUUACAUUUUACACUAUUGUAUCUUGUAUUGCUUUCAUCA